AUGUUCUGGAAAAAGUGCGUGCAGAAUGAACAUCCCAAAGCUCUGCUUGAGUAUGGAUUUCGACAAUUCUUCAACUACAUGGCGGUCGAUGAUGGAGUGACGACGUUGGUAAGAGCAACUGAGUUGCACAAUUCGAUGGCAGACUAUGUACUAAGCCUCAUAUACAUAUACACUGGACAAGAAGAAAGUGGUGUAAGCCUUUUGGAGAAGACUAUCAACCGCAUCGGAUCUGCUGGGAUAGUCCAGUGCAGACAUAGGGUUGUCGAAGAAGCUACCAUGGGUGACCGGGACGUGACUGAGGUAAAAGGGCGUCUUGUAAAGUUGUACUCAGAGUUGGACGAAAUCAAUGCACAGGAGAAGAUAAGGUUAGAAGAAAUGGACAAGAUGACAACAUUACAUACGACAAAGCUAGAAGAAGCGAGGGUUUUGUCGGGCCGUUUGCACCAACUCCGGGAACAGCGAAUUGCACGCCUUCAGAGUGAAAUCCACGCAAUCCGUUCCACGCCAGGUUAUGCGGUUGGAAAUGACCAACCUGAUGAGAGGAUUAUCGAGGAGGACAGGGGUGGUGAUGUGGCUAUUUGUGGUGCUGAUGCUGGUAAUGCUGAUGAGGACCAGAAUCAAGAAGGGAAUGCUGAUGAUGAGGAUGAAGAUGAUGAGGACGAGGACUACGACGAUGAAGAUGUUGAGGACUACGACGCUGAUGAUGAUGAGAAUGAGGAAGAUGUAGAAGAUGAAGUUGAUGAGGAUGAGGAAGCGGCAGAAGAUGAAGAUGAAGAUGAUUAA